AUGAUCCUGUCUGCGGGGCUGCGGGAUCACGGAGAGGAACUAGAAGAUAAAGACAGACCACUACACAUGACAUUGUACGAUCCAGAGCAGCACACAGAGGGAUACCCACGGAUCUAUAUUGAAUCCAGAUACCUUGAUAAGGAUAAUAAAUCGUUGCAAAGCACAAGUAAGACCAGUUUAAAGUCUAACGGUUCCAAAGUAUUCGCCUACUCUGUCUCCAGCAAUAAAACCACCCCCGAACCUGAUCAGAGCCUCUCCUCCGACAACACAGAGUCCGCUAAAUUCAUAACACUCUCCAACAAUGUACAUGAAGUAGAAGCACUCUUCACCAUGAACGACAAGAAGUUGAUUCAAGGCAAACAAUCCGAAGCAGAAUUAAGACAAAAGUUCAAAAACCUUGUUGUUGCUUUUGAGGAGGAGAAACAUUCAAAGGACAAGCUAAGAUUAAAAAGAGAUAAGAUGAAAGCACAGCUGAAAGAAGCGACAGAGGCUUUACUUGAAGCACAAAUGGACAAUGGGGAGCUUAUCAAACAUCUAAAAGAUGAAGAAUCACAAAAACAGUUCUACCAAGUGGAAUGCACUAGCCUAAAAGAUGAAAUUGAAUUGCUAAAGCGAAAACUUCACGUGUUAGAGUCACUGGAAAAAGAAAGAAGGGAAAAAGUGGACGAGGAUGCUGACUCAACUGGUCUUCUGCGUUUAGAGAGCCAGCUAAGCAUGGAUUGUGAAAUGAAUUAUAAAACUCUGUACGAUGGAAUGUCAACUAGACACCAGGAGAUGGAGGGAAUCAUGUCAGGAACAAUCGAGAGAAUGAAGAUGGAGCUGAGCGAUCUGAAAUUAGAAAACUUGGGGCUCCAGACCAAGAACUGUGAGUUAUCAGAAAAGGUGGAGGUUUUGGAACCUAAGUGGAAGGAGAAGACAAAGGAACUGGACAAUAUACAUGAAAUGAUAGAAGCUCUGAAUAUGCAGAUUGUUGAAGUGCAGGAGAAGUGUAGCCAAGGUCUCUGUGUGUCUGGACAACAACUUGAAAAAGAGCUAAAAGAAAAGGAUGACAUUAUGAAUACCCUGCAAUCUCAACUGAGCAAAUCCAGGAUGAAGCGGAAAGAAUUAAACAAUGCGAUGGCUACGCUGGAAAAACAAGUCAGUGAGAUGGAGAACUCGAGGAAUAAAGCGGACGAAAAGUACAUCGAGCUAGUAAAGGAAGCCGAGCAGCUAAAAUGUAAACUUGUGGAUAGGGAUGAACUCUGUAACUCCGGUUGCUGCUCAAGUGGAAUGAAAUCUGUCAGCAAAGAUAGCGAAACAAAGUACAUCGUUAAGAACAGAGAAGAUACGAUCACAACCCUUAGUGCAAAGGUAGAAAAGUUAACUGGAAAGAAAGAUGAGCUGAGAAAAGAAUUAGCUGUUUACAAAAUGGAGAUGAUCAACAAUGAAAAUAUCACAAAAGAAACCGAGAGGCUAAACCGAAAACUGACAAACGAACUAGCCAGCCUAAAAGAAGAAAUUACGAUGUCCAGGAGGAGAUGUGAAGAUGGGAGUUGUCGAUCAGGCAGCGCUAAAGAGUCAGAACUGUUAGCAGAAACCAGAGCAGAGCUCAAUAUCAGGAGAAAAGAAUGUCAGGAGUUUGUGGAAGAAAUUGCUGACAAUAGGAGGAAACUUUCAGAGCUUUGCAGGACGCGUGACGAUCUGAAGACAAAAGUUAGUGAUUUAGAAGCAAUGCUGGAAAAAACGAAGACACACAGUAGACUGUUGACAAACGAGACUGUGUCUCUGAGUACUCAACUAGCGGAUAUGGAGAGGAAGCUGGAAGUGGAGACUUCCAAACGAGAGGAUAGCGAGCAGAAAGAUGUUCAAGCCACGGCAAUUGAUACUGUGGAGAAACAUGAUAAGCUUCUCCCAAUCUCAAGGACAAGCUCCCAAGUAUCUUCCCUUUCAGAUUUCAUGCAGCAAAUUAGUGGUGGAACUGAAAAGGAGGAAAAUAGUGUACCAGAGUCUGAUGAAUUAUCAGAAGCACGCAAGAAAAUAUCGCGGCAGAAAGAGAAGAUCAAAAACCUUAAAACAGAAUAUCUGAAUCUAAAAGACCUGAAACGCGAAGACUACACCUCUCUUCAAGGUCUUCUUCGGACAACCUUGGAAAACUGCAAGGAGCUGGAAAGAAAAGUGAAGUCCCAAUCUGCAGCUCUAGAAGUAGCUAAAGUAAAAGGGUGGGCUGUGACUGUGGAGCCACCAUCAGAAUAUAGGGAGGAAGGUUUGAGGGGAGAGCAAAAACAGUUCGGGUACAAUAAACAGACGAGAGUACAGUUAGAUGAGAAUAUUCAACAAAACAGUCCAAGACGGCAAUCGAUGCUGACCAGAAGCGAAUCUUGGGACAAACUUCUGCUACCACCAGAAAUUCUCCAAGUGCCCCAAGUGGUGACCAACUUCAAACCCGGACACAAUCGAAACCCAUCUGAACUUUCUCACGUUUUCUCCCACAACGAAACGCAACUCUUGGAAGAACUUGAGUAUCUGGAACACGCGAACAAAUCUCUAGAAAACGAGGUAGAGAACUUGAUCAUGUCAGAAAAGUCACUCCAAAGAAAACUUCGUGACGCAAAAUUAGAGCUGGAAAUGUUGAUUGAAAGAGUGGAAACUGUAAAAUCUGAGAAGAAAGCUGUUGAGAUAGAACGAGACAAACAAAAGAAGAGUUCGAAGAAGCAGAAGAAGAAAAUUCGAGAGUUACAAAAGAAGAAAGAUGAUAUUGAGAAGGAGUUGAAAAUGUACGAAGAGUUGCAAACCAUACGAAGACAGGAAUUCGAAAUGUUACAGCUGCCAAAAAGUGGGUAUACCUCUCCUAAAUCCACGUCAGAAGCUGACGAACCUAUUACUCCUAGCCCUAGUUCCACUAAAAGUAGGGUUAAUCUCACUGGUAGUCUGCAAACGUUUAAAAACCAAGCUGCUGUUCUAGAGGAAAAAAUAGAUGAGCAGAGGGGAGAGAUCGCCGAAAAGGAUAGGACUAUUAAGAGAUUGACAAACAAGAUCAAUGAGCAUGGAGAACCACAAGAAAUUAUACGUGCUCUCAAUCUGGAGUUAAAAGAAACCAAAGAUCAAUGCUCCAAAUUAAAGGGAGAACUGAAAGAAGGUCGUAAAGCAGAGGAAUAUUUGUUGACUGAUUUAGAGAGACAUAAACAGCAGCUGAAUGAGCUUCAGGAAUGUCAAAAGAGCUCAAUAGAUUCUUUGUCCAGCAUGGAAAUUGAAGUUAGGGAGACAAAGGAAAAACUGGAUGUCAACAUUUAG